AUUCGGGACCCCGAAGCGGACGGGUGGGAGCGCACCGACUUUCCCAUCGUGUGCGAGGACUGCCUCGGGCCCAACCCGUACAUUCGCAUGCAGCGCGAGGACUACGCCGCCGAGUGCGCCAUCUCCUCCCGCCCCUUCACCGUCUUCCGAUGGCGACCCGGGAACGAGGCCAGGUACAAGAAAACCGUGGUGUGCCGCGAGAUCGCGCUCGCGAAGAACGUGUGCCAGGUGUGCCUCCUCGACCUCGACUACGGCAUCCCGGUGCAGGCGCGAGACGCGGUCCUCGGCAAGGAACGCGAGAUGAUCGCCAAGUCCGACGUCAACCUCGAGUACCAGACGGAGCAGAUCGCCCGGCGCCUGGAGGAGGGCGACGAGGUGGCCAUCAGAGACCAGAAUCGAGCCGUCGGCAAGGUUCGCGCCGCCGAGCUGCUCCAGAAGAUGGCGCGAAAGAAGCCCUACUACAACAAGAACAAGGCGCCCAUCUGCACGUUCUGGCUGCGCAACGCGUGCACCCGCGCGGACUGCCCCUACCGCCCGUGCAACGGCGACACGCACAUGCCGGAGCUCACGUCCGCGCCCGAGCUCCGACAGCAGAACAUCAAGGACAGGUACUACGGCAUCAACGACCCGGUGGCCAACAGGAUGCUCGCCAAGGCGAACGAGAGCAAGCAGGACCUCGCGCCCCCUGCCGACGAGUCCAUCACGACCCUCUACGUGGGCGGCAUAGACGACAGGGUGACCGAGGAUGCGCUGAAGGAUGCGUUUUAUCAGUACGGGCAAAUCUCCAGCGUGAGGACUCUGUACGCCAAGAACUGCGCGUUCGUGACGUUUGUGGACCGCGCCGGGGCGGAGAAGGCGGCGGAGGAGUGCGGCAGCAGGAAGGCCAUCAGCGGCAUCAACGCGAGGAUCAUGUGGGGCAAGAGCAAGAAGGAGAAG